AUGUCAGAAACAACCCCCCGCAUCCUCUCCCCCCACCUCGACUCCUUCACAUCCCGCACCGUCCGACUUGUCGGCAAAGUAGUACAACUCCGAGGCGACCAAGCGACCAUCGACUGCGCCGGGAACAUGACUGCGCAUCUGAAUCGGGACUCGCAUCUAACGGUCGGGAACGCGGUGGAGAUUGUGGGGAAGGUGAAUCCGGAUUUGAGUGUGCGCGUGUUGCGGGCGACGGAUUUGGGGAGGGAGGGGAGUGUUGAUUUCGAUGCGGUAAACGCUGUUGUAGACGCGACACAUCGGUACAAGGAGAUUUUCUACGCGGAUUGA